UUCAGAUCUCUUGGAGAGACAAGGCUACAGAAUAACGUCCACGUUUUGCUCCAGAUCAUCCCAUCCUCCCAGGGGGAAGGCAAUGGCUGCAAUGGAGCUGGCUCAGGUGAUGGGAUGGUGAGUGAGAAUGAGGAGGAGAAACCCCAUCAGGAAGAUGCUGAGCGAAGAGAAGCACAUGGAAUGUUAUCAGGAAGAUCCAAAGAGAAUGUUUCCAGGAGUUGUGCACUCCCAGAAAAACCAAAAGCCUGUGAGACUCAGGGGAGGCCAGAGGGAAACUUUAGUAGCCUCUCAGACCUUAUAACAAGCGGCAGAAUCAACUUGGAAGAGACACGCUACAGGUGCCAUGAGUGUGGGAAAAGCUUCAAUUGGAGCUGUUCCCUUGUCAGACAUCGUAGAAUCCACACAGGAGAGACGCCUUAUACGUGCACUGAGUGUGGGAGACACUUCAGUCAGAGCUCACACCUUAUCCGACAUCAGAGAAUCCACACAGGAGAGACGCCCUACACGUGCUCUGAGUGUGGGAAAAGCUUCAAUCGGAGCUCUACCCUGAACACACAUCGUAGAAUCCACACAGGAGAGACGCCCUACACAUGCUCUGAGUGCGGGAAAAGCUUCAAUCAGCGCUCAACCCUUAUCAGACAUCAGAGAAUCCACACAGGAGAGACGCCUUACACAUGCGCUGAGUGUGGGAAAAGCUUUAAUCGGAGCUCUACCCUGAACACACAUUGUAGAAUCCACACAAGAGAGAUGCCCUACACAUGCUCUGAGUGCGGGAAAAGCUUCAAUCAGCGCUCAAGGCUCAUUAGACAUCAGAAAAUGCACAGAAGAGAGAAUUGUAAUAAAUCCCUUGACUAGGGUUGGCAAAAACGAAUUUUUUCUUAUAAAUCACAUUAGCUAAUUCCCACAUAGUGAUUUUUGCAUCAUCUUCACCGUGGUGUCUCAGCUCCACCAGAUAAGUUGCCGCCUUCUGCCUUUUGCAGCUCAUCCUUCUUUGGGGUCAGUCCUAUGAUCUUUUCUAUCAACUCCUUUCCUUUUGAGUCAUAGGAGUGUGUAUCCCUCCAGCCAGGAAUGUUCAUGAGUUCCAAGUUGGGGAGAGAGGUUUGAUCCCAGCAAGGUACACUGAGGCAAAAACUACCUGUGCCUUCCAUCCACUAGGACUGUACAUGGCGUUAGCUGCUCAAGUUAGUGAUCUUAAUGUAAAAAGUUGUAGUGCAGAUGCAGCCCAGGUGCAGUGGUUGGCAUUAGCUUUCCCCUUGACCUGACCUAAACUCCAUCACUUUUCCUAGUCUAAACUAACCCUGAGCAUCACGGUUAUCCUGUUCCCCCAUUUCAAAGCAAUUCUUAGUCAUCGAGUUCUCCCUUGGGGAACAAAUUGUUUCAUUCCCAGUUGUUCUGAUGUUGCUUCAGGUUGUGCUGGAGAGCAGAUAUUUUCAUUAUUAUUUUCCGCACUUAAAAUAUAUUGAACUAUAACAAAGAGCAGGAAGAGGGCAGGGAUAGGGAAAAAAGUCAUUUCCUCCUCUGUAACAACAGACAUAGUUAGGGUAAGUCAGAGGGAGUCCCUUAUUCCCCAUCACUGUCCUCCUUCAAUCCGUGCUAGAACCUAAGAAUCCUUUUCCUUUCCCCAGUUGUGGGGUGAGAGACUUCCAAAAGUGCUCCCUGUGCUAUAGCACAUGGCUAAGCUCAGAGAAUAAACCCCAAAUCUCCCCUGA